AUGCCAUCGCACAAGCCACUGGCGCUUCGCCUGCAGGCGGAGCUGCGCUGGGCCGCGAAUGCCCUUGAUAUAUACCUUAUAUAUACCUUGAUAGGGCGACCCGAUCGGGUCCAUAGUUUAGAGAAGCGGCUCGAGCAGGUCAUGGCCCGAAGGGCCGUAGUGGAGGAGGCUUGCACUGAGCUUUUCACCUCGGAUGCGGAACAGGUAGUCCUAGACUCCUGCCUCGCGGACUACGAGCAAUUCUUUUCGCUCACGGACGACUUGAUCAAGUCGAGGGCCAAGUAUGCUAGUGAAGCGCGUGAAGCUCGGCUGAGUGGCCUGCCCGAGCCCCCUCGGAAGUAG